AUGGAUUCAAACUCAGUUUUUCCAAGGAUUUCUCUACUUGUGUUUUUGUUCAUCUGUGCUGCUUAUAAUGCUGUUAAUGCAGUUAACGUUUUCAAUAUCAGAGAUAACAAUGGAAUUCCAGAUGGAAAAACCGAUAAUAGUCAGGCCUUGUUAAGUACGUGGGAAAAAGCGUGUAAAGUCGAUGGGGGUACGGUUUUAGUCCCGUCUGGUAUAUACUAUGUGAAAUCUGCACUGCUUCAAGGUCCAUGCAUUGGCCAAACAAUUUUCAGUGUAAUGGGAACUCUAAUGGCUUCUGCUUCUCCACUGACCCAAGAAAGUUGGAUCGAAUUUAAUCAAGUAGAUGGCUUGUCGAUUACUGGAAACGGCGUUUUUGAUGGUCAAGGAUCGUCGACUUGGGCUCAUAAUGGCAAUCACAAUGCUAAGGCUUCUUCUACUUGUACUGCUUCCUUGAAAUUAAAAUUUGUGAGGAAUUCAUCGAUAGAAGGGAUAACUUCGAAGAAUAGCGAGAUGUUCCAUCUCCAUGUGAACAACUGUGACGGCAUAGUGAUUAGCCACAUGUCGAUAUUGGCUCCAAUAGACAGUCCCAAUACCGAUGGAAUCCACGUCAGCUCGUCGAAUAAUGUACGUAUCAGCAACGUGAACAUUGCCACUGGAGAUGACUGCAUAUCAUUGGGCCCUGGAACUACAAACAUCGACAUUUCUGGCAUUACAUGUGGACCUGGCCAUGGUAUUAGCAUUGGAAGCUUGGGAAAAUACCCUGAUGAGAAAGACGUUGCUGGCAUUACUGUAACAAAUUGCACUCUAAGCAACACUCUAAAUGGAGUGAGGAUCAAAACAUGGGCACCGUCUCCGCCAAGCAUAGUUUCCAAUGUUACAUUUCAGGACAUUCUUUUGAAAAACGCUGAUAAUCCCGUCAUCAUCGAUCAACAAUAUUGUCCCAGCAAUUCUUGUAGCCAUCAGGGAGAUUCGAGAGUUCAAAUCAAAGACGUGAAGUUCGUAAACAUACACGGGAGUUCAUCCAUUCCUGAUGCAGUAAACGUCGUGUGUAGCAAAAGUAUGCCGUGCCAAGGAAUCGAGUUUUCGGGCCUUAACAUUAUUAUGAAUGGCAAUGGGCAACCAACAACAGCUACAUGCUCUAAUGUCAAUGCAGACUUUCUCGGAAAUACAGUUCCUACACAUUGUUCUUAA